GCGGGGAGGCGGGGGCAGGCGCGAGGCGCGGGGCGGGCUGCGCGCGCGGAGGGAGCCCGCUGCAAGCCUCCGGGCGCCGACGAUGGCCGGCUGAAUCGUGCGGGAGCCCGCGCGGGGCAGGAUGAUGCUCCUGAGGGGCGCCCGGACGCCGCGCCCACGGUGGCUGCCGACCCUGGGGCCCGGAGCCCGAGUGCAUCCGCGGCCGCGAACGCCGUCGCCUCAGAUUUUGUGCGUGCAGCUGUGUGGAAAUCUUAAAUACUAUCAAUCACAUCUUUAUAGUACAGUGGUGCCCCCUAAUGAAGUAACAGUUAAUUAUAGACACGGCCUUCCCUUGAUAACACUUACUUUGCCAUCCAGAAAAGAGCGCUGUCAAUUUGUGGUCAAACCAAUGUCAUCAACAGUUGGUUCAUUCCUUCAGGACCUACAAAAUGAAGAUAAAGGUGUCAAAACGGCAGCCAUCUUCGCAGCAGAUGGCAGUGAAAUUUCAGCUUCGACCUUGAUGGAUAUUUUGCUAAUGAAUGAUUUUAAGCUUGUCAUUAACAAAAUAACGUAUGAUGUACAGUGCCCCAAGAAAGAGAAACUGAGUAUGGAGCAUGCUACAGAGAUGGACAAUGUGAAAUCCUUGGUUCACAGACUGUUCACGGCUUUGCACUUAGAAGAGUUUCAGAAAAAGAGAGAGCACCACUUACUGGAGAGAAUUGACCACCUGAAGGGACAACUGCAACCUCUUGAACAGAUAAAAGCUGGCAUCGAAGCUCGCUCAGAAGCCAAAACCAGUGGACUUUUAUGGACCGGGUUAGCCUUGCUGUCUGUUCAGGGCGGGGCGUUGGCCUGGCUCACUUGGUGGGUGUACUCCUGGGAUAUCAUGGAACCGGUGACAUACUUCAUCACGUUUGCAAAUUCCAUGGUCUUUUUUGCAUACUUUAUCGUCACUCGCCAGGAUUAUACUUACUCAGCUGUUAAAAAGAGGCAGUUUCUGCACUUCUUCCAUAAGAAAUCAAAGAAAGAACAUUUUGAUGUGGUGCAGUACAACAAGUUAAAAGAAGAUCUUGCUAAGGCUACGGAAUCCCUGAAACAGGUGCGCCACUCCCUCUGUUUGCGAAUGCAAGGAGAGGAAGUCAAUGAAAAGAAUUAAUCUUAGAUUUUUAAAUGUCAUUGAAUUUUUCCAGUGUGUGUUGAUUCCGCAACUUAGAAACUGAAACUUUUUGAGUCCCAUAGUUCCUUUGAAUUUGAUUGUUUCAGUGUCUUUUGUCAAUUAAAAAAAAAUGCUUGCA